UGUCAACAUUUGAAAUUAUGAUGCAACCAAAUUGAUCAAACCUGGGACUGAAAACAUAAGUUACGAAAAAUGGUUCUUGGUGAUCUUUUCAGUGGAUUGUUUUCGAAAAAGAACAAACCAGAAGAUGACAGGAAUAAUGACACUGGUGUCACUGGCUUGCCAAGAAAUAUUGAAAGUGAUUUUCUGAGGCAAAGUGAAGAAAAGAGAACUGAAAGGCAAGAUCACAUGUACAGGGAGCAUCCCUGGGGCCAUUCAAUGCCGUCAUUUCAAAUCUAUAUAGAUGGAGAGGAGGAUAGAGGAAAUGAACAAGACUUUUUCAAUUUCUCCCAUGAUUUAUUUCACCAGUUUGAUGUAAUAAUGAAAGAUAUGUUCCAGGGAUUUGACAGAUUUCAUGAUGAUCAUGGGUUCCAUGAAUUUAGAGGCCUUGAAGAUGGCUCAGACAACAACACAGAAAAUGAAAGCCAGGGUUCAAGUAAACUGAGAGAUAAAAUGUUAAAAGAUCCUGACAGGGAUGAUUUUAGCUUCUUUAAAAGUUUUAAGAUACCUUCUUAUGAUGAAAAUGAGUUGGAGCAAAGCAACCCUAGGACAAUGAUGGAUUGGUCAUGGACAUUUCCAUUUGAAAAUAAUAAAAAACUCCCCAAGAUCAAUGAUUACAAAGACCAUGAUCUUGAUCAAGAAAUUCAGUCUGGAAAAUCAACUAUUGAAGAUGUCUUAAAUAAAGGAGCAGCUGAGCACGCGGUUCCUGAUGACAGAAGUCUUAUGACACAGAAGGGAUCUUCCUUUGGGUCAUUUUCCAGCACAGUAACAAGAAAAAGAGCUGAUGGGAUAGUUGAAUGUCAAAAGACAGUUAAAGACUCAGAAGGAAAUGAACAGGUAACUGUUAUACGAAAAAUCGGCGAUCAAACACAUAAGAAAAUUACCUCGAAAGAUAGCACAGGAAAUGAAGAAGUAUUAGAAGAUCUCUUAAACAUGGAUGAAGGUGACUUGGAAAAAUUUGAAGAAGCUUGGGCUAAGAGCGAAGUGAAAGACGAGAGCAUCCCACCAGCUUUAUGGAAGAAUUUUGACGGUCAAGGUGGAUUUUUGGGUGGCAGUUUGUUCGAAUCGGUCAAGGACUUGUUUUUUCCUCGGAACAAUGAUGACUGAGAACAGAGUUAUAAGCUAUAGAAUAAAAGAUAUAGAAUAAUAAAUUUUGUACAUGAAAGAAAAAUAUUAAUGUAAAUGCUUCCAUUAUAUCUGAAUGCGUGAUUUCUUUUGCGUAUAACAAACUUUAGACGUAAUAGUUCGUUGCUUGCUAUGUAAUGAUCUAUUUUAUAUUUAAUAAUUAAUUCUUUAUUACAUAAAUGUAUUGAAUAAGCUUGUUAUUUAUGAGUGAUUUUUUAAGACGGGCAACCAGAAUGAAAGAAAUGCUGCUUAUCAUUAUAAGAACUAA